AUGAAGUUCUUAGCGGUUCUGGCAGUGAUCUUGCUCUUCGGAGCGGCAGUCCAAGCUCGCACUAGUCGUCCUCAGCUGGUGCGUCUGCAUCAGGUUUCCCGGCAGGAGUAUAACGAACUUCUCCGUUUGACCCAGGGCAAGGAGGAGGUUUCCGAGGCCCGUCUGCUCAGCAGCUCGAUUGCUGGGAUCAAGGGUCUGGCCUCCGGCUUUGCCGCCGGCAACUUCAUCCCCGCCAUCUUCAAUUCCGGCUCCAAGGAUCAGCCCAAGAAGGGACGUCCCCUCUGCGUGAUCUCCACCAAUGAUAUCGAGCAGGAUCAGGAGAGGCGCCUGGGUCGUGUGGUGAGCAUUGAGUAUGAGCCCAACAGCGACUCUAGCUCGAGCUCAGGAUCGGGAUCAAGCAGUGGUCAUGGUAGUGGAGGACAUGGCAGUGGAGGACAUGGCAGUGGAGGACAUGGAAGCGGAGGACAUGGUAGCGGAGGACAUGGUAGCGGAGGACAUGGAGGACAUGGCAGUGGAGGUGAUGACAGCAGCGAAAACGAUGAUGUGACCACGGUCAACUGCAUCCUGAUUGUUAAUGGCACCGAUACCACAACCACCACGACAACCACCAAAAAACCUGAUCACGAACACGGUCAUGGUCAUGGUCACGGACAUGGACAUGGACAUGGUUAUGGACCCAAGCCAGGCGGCUACUACCCACAGCCUGCUCCCUACUAUCCACCCUACUACGGCUACCCACCCUUCUAUCCUCCCCCACCCUAUCCCUACCCACCACCACCGCCGCCACCACCGAGCAAGCCCCACCAUUCCGGCGGAGACAAGCGAUCCGUGGAUGAGGACGAGCAGGAGGAGGAGCAGCAGGAGGUGAGUCGCCUGAUCGAUGCCUACAACGGAUUCUACUACCAGCCCGAGGGAGUCACUCUGAGGAACGGCAAGUACUCGAAGGUCAGCCAGGAGACCUCCGCCUACCAGCCGGCCAGCUAUCCCCAGCAGGAGUACGCCAACACAUAUCCCAAGGUGGUCCGCAACUACGGACUCACCCAUCCUGCUCCCGUCUACGUGCGAUCGCCGCAAUUCGAGCAGGAACAUUAGGAAAAUCUUGCAAUUAGACAAAUCCCCUUUCUAAAUAAAUGAAU